GAAUUGUUAAAAAUAAGCACAUCAAAAUUUUAAAUUCCAAGUCAUUUUCUUUGUUCCCCAACUGUACCCGGUGAAACGCAGAACACGAGUGGUAGAACAGGUUUCUCCGUCGUCGUUCUCUGAAUACGUUCCCCGGCCACCGUCAGUUGCAGGAAUGCAAGUAAGUGUGGAGUACCACUAGAUAGCUCGCAUUGAUGUGUCAUUUAGAAGGCAUAUAUCCUACUCCAAUUCACAUCACAUCCUCCUAAACAUAAGUUCAGUAUGUCUUAACAUCAAACACAUAUAUUAGGCUAACGCAGACUAGCCCACAGGCCUGCAAGCCAGAAUCUAUGCGGGGCGGACCAGAAGUUGAGCCCACAUUUCUAAAGUAAGGUUUCUCCUCUUCGGAUUGGUCACGAUUGUUUAGGAAAUAUUGAGUCUCAAAAUGGUGAUUCUUUCCACGUUGCCACUGAACUAUUCAGCUUUCCUUCACCGAGGUGCUCCUUUUUUGCCAUCAAAGUUGGCAGCGAGAGUUGCUUGUCACAGAGAUGUUUCUCUAACACCCCAAACGACUUUUAGCAUACAAAAGAGAGAAAAACAUGCAAACCAUAGUUGCAACAAAUUUUUUAUCCAUGCUGCAAGGAAUGAUCAUCAUAUAACCUAUGAUGACGGCUUGCCUGAAGAGCCCUUUUUGCUAUCAUUGAUCAAGGAUGUCAUAUGGGGGCUAAAAUAUUUGUUUGUAUUUUUGGCUGAGCAACCUAGCCAGCUGAAAUACGUGGAGUGGCCAAGUUUUAGCAGUACGCUGAGGACAGCGGUUCUGACUCUUAUCCUGGUUGCGUUGCUUAUUGUUGCAUUAUCAUCUGUUGAUUCGGUCCUCUGCUAUCUUUUGGCAUUAGCUCUUAGGAAAAAACCAUAACCUUGUAACCUUGUGGUGUUGCCAAUGUUUCCAUAAUACAUAAGCAUUUCAUCUGGUACUUGUAAUCUAUAUAGGUCUAUCCUCGUUAACAUGUAAAUCUUAACUCUUCUUUUGAACUGGAAUGAAUUAUGUUAUUCAGGAACCUUUUAUUAAAGCCAUUGCUUUCCAUCUUAGUGAAAGAAAUGGUUGCAAUGGCAUAGAAUCUUGUUGAUUCCAUGGAUGGAAUUGGAUAUUUGAGUUUAACAAUAGAACCAGAGGGUAAAAGGUUAUGGCA